AGUUAUUCGAGUAGCGAGUGCGUUGUCCACCAGCAAACCACGCAAUAUCUACUACACUUGAUAAAAAAUGCGACAAAUUUUGUUGCGCAUCAGUUUCAGUUGAACUAAAAGUGUAUCAUCAAAACAUAUUCAUCGUGCGUCAAAAUUAACUCCUCGCACUGUCCGGGUCUGAAUGGUAAUAAGCGUCGUUACUAAAUCGCUUCCCCCACCGCACCACGCCGCAUCGGUAAUUAGAGAUUUCCUCUCAAUAAAUCACCGCGUCGCAACGUGAUCGCACGUGGAGACUUGUCAAGGCUUUUCUCACCCAAGUUUUCCAUCGCCAGAGGCAGUAACAUGGAAGGACAUCAUGUCGAAGGACUCUUUGGCAGACGCUAUCCGCGGAAUCCUUCGUUUACCAGCUUUGAAAAUGUGGUCACCUCCUCGGAUAGCAUGAUUGUGGUUUCCAAUCGGCUGCCAUUCGUUUUAGAGAGGAAUAAGGACGGAGACCUUUGUAGAAAAGCCAGCGCUGGUGGUCUGGUAACCGCAGUCGCCCCAGUUGUAGUCAACUGUAAUGGUCUCUGGGUUGGAUGGCCGGGAGUCCACUUAGAUGAUCCCAAUGAACCUAUUCCAGAAUCAGAUCCUCAGGAUAUCACACCAACAGCUGGUCUUAAAUCUGAUAAGGUCGUUUCAGUUCGUAUUGACCCGAAAGUCUUUGACUCCUACUACAAUGGUUGCUGUAACGCCACAUUCUGGCCCCUAUUCCAUUCAAUGCCCGACCGGGCCACCUUCAAUACCCAUCAUUGGAAGGAUUACAUCACAGCAAACAAAGAGUUUGCCAACUGUACCAUGACCGCUCUCAGGCGACUGAAGAAAGAAACUCAGAAACAAAAUGGAACCACUAAUAAUCUCACAGGUCCCAAUGAUGCGCCACUCAUCUGGAUCCAUGAUUACCAUCUCAUGUUAGCCGCCAACUGGAUUAGACAGGCAGCUGAAGAGGAGGGCAUCGCAUGUAAAUUAGGUUUCUUCCUGCACAUUCCCUUCCCUCCCUGGGACAUCUUCAGAUUGUUCCCCUGGUCGGAUGAGAUUCUACAGGGAAUGUUAGGCUGUGAUAUGGUGGCCUUCCACAUCACGGACUAUUGUCUCAACUUUGUGGACUGUUGCCAACGAAAUUUGGGAUGUCGUGUUGACAGAAAGAACCUCCUAGUUGAACAUGGUGGUAGGACUGUUAGGGUACGACCACUUCCAAUUGGUAUUCCCUUUGAAAGGUUUGUGGAGUUGGCUGAGAAAGCUCCCAAGGUGCUCUCUACGACGCAGAAGAUUAUUUUAGGUGUGGAUAGAUUAGACUAUACCAAAGGACUGGUAAACAGAUUGUUAGCAUUCGAAAAGUUGCUGGAGAAACACCCGGAACACAAAGAGAAAAUUUCUCUGCUUCAAAUUGCGGUGCCAUCUCGUACUGACGUUAAGGAAUACCAAGAAUUGAAGGAAGAAAUUGAUCAACUUGUGGGACGUAUAAACGGUCGUUUCACCACGGCAAAUUGGUCACCAAUCAGAUAUAUCUACGGGUGUGUAAGUCAGAAUGACCUAGCUGCUUUCUAUCGCGAAGCAGCUGUUGGUUUGGUUACACCCUUAAGAGAUGGAAUGAAUCUAGUCGCAAAAGAGUUUGUCGCUUGCCAAAUCAACACUCCACCAGGUGUAUUGAUAGUAUCCCCAUUUGCGGGUGCAGGUGAAACCAUGCAUGAAGCAUUAAUCUGCAACCCAUACGAGAUUGAUGGUGCAGCUGAGACCAUCCAUCGUGCACUAACCAUGCCGGAAGACGAGAGAAUUCUUCGCAUGAAUUAUCUCAGGCGUCGUGAGAAGAUCAACGAUGUAAAUUACUGGACGAGGAGUUUCUUAUCAGCAAUGGGAUCUUUGAUUGCACAAGCAGAUCAUGACGACAUCGGGGCAAUUACAAUGCCCGCAGUGACCUUAGAUGACUUUGAUGAAUAUCUUGCGAAAUAUAUUGGCAACUCACACAAAUUGGCACUCUUACUGGAUUAUGAUGGAACUCUGGCACCUAUUGCUCCGCAUCCAGACUUGGCUGUCAUACCAGCAGAGACUAAACACAUUCUUCAAAGGUUGUCAAAUAUCUCAGAUGUGUAUAUCGCUGUUAUCUCCGGUCGUAAUGUGAAUAAUGUUAAGGAAAUGGUUGGAAUUGAAGGUAUAACUUAUGCAGGUAGUCAUGGUCUUGAGAUCUUACACCCUGAUGGUACCAAGUUCGUGCAUCCAAUGCCCACGAAGUACCAAGGUAAAGUAGGGGAACUUUUAAAGAACUUACAGAAAGAAGUCUGUAAAGAUGGCGCUUGGGUAGAAAACAAAGGAGCUUUGUUAACAUUCCACUUCAGGGAGACACCCGCUCAUCUUCGGGAACCCUUAACGACCAGAGCGACCAAACUCAUAGAAGAUGCUGGUUUCAGAGCAGCGUCAGCACAUUGUGCCAUUGAAGCGAAACCACCAGUACAAUGGAACAAAGGUAGAGCUUCAAUUUAUAUUCUAAGGACUGCAUUCGGUGUGGAUUGGAGUGAACGCAUCAGAAUAAUCUACGCAGGCGAUGAUGCUACUGAUGAAGAUGCUAUGCAGGCUUUGAAGGGUAUGGCAGCUACAUUUAGAGUAACCUCUUCACAAAUUACCAAAACCUACGCCGAGAGACGUCUUCCCUCGACGGAUUCCGUCCUAACCCUUUUACGUUGGGUGGAACGUCACCUCAGCAGACGCAAACCCAGCUUGGACGCUGGUUACCGAAGGGGCUCCCGUUCCAAACAGGGCCAAGGCGCCGUCCAGAUGGAAAUGUCCUAUUUAGUUAAAGAAAAGCACUAGCCUUUUCUUAUUUUUAUGCGUAAAAUAAAAUGGAAGUAUCCGGGCAUCAAAGAUGCAAGUCUUAUAUACUCGCCGUUUUCGAUUAGAAAUUUCAUGUAAUUUUGUUGGAUUGAGGAGAAACAAUGCAGUUAUGCAUUUCUGUGCCAUUUUGUGAAUGAAAUUUAUGUAAAUUUUUACAAAUAACAGUAAGUAAUAUAAGUUAUUACGUGAAUUAAAAUAAAGAAACAUAGUUUUUAGUGUAGUUUUAGUUUUUUUUUCUAAAGUUUAUUGUUUUGUAUUUCACAUGUGAAAAUAAAUGCAAUAAAUUUGAAA